AUGUGUAAGCUAAACAUGCAUAGCUUGCUUACCUAAAAAGAUUUAUAUUCCAUGAUGUGUCUUUUCAUAUUUGACCAAUUUGGAUAUUCAAAAGGAAUGACGUGUUGUGUGUUGUCGUUUGUCCACAGGCUCGUCCUACUACAACAAUGUGCGGCCGCUAGCCUAUCCCGACGCUGACGCUGUGCUCAUCUGUUUCGACAUCAGCCGCCCCGAGACACUGGACAGUGUGCUGAAGAAGGUCAGAGAGCUAUGAAGUAAAGCCACGUGUCUGUGCUUCAGUUCAAUAAAAUAUUAUAUAAAAUAGGGUUCCCCAACUGGCGGCCCGAAUUUGGCCCAUGGGUGGUUUUACAUGGCCCCCCAAUGUUUCUGAGCAUUUUUUUAUUUUUUAUUGUUGGACAUAAAACACUGUAAAAAGAACAGGAAAUCAGCUCCAAGUGAUUUUAAUUUUGGAAAUAUGUUCUGACAGGUUUGAAAUCAUUAUGUAAACAAAUAUUAUAUCUGUUUGGGCUUCUUGCGGUCAAUUUGCAAUUCCGAUCCCCCGACGAUCCGCUCAAGAAAAAAUCAGCCCGCGGCUGAAUUUAGUAUAAUAAUAUUUUGUUGGGUGCAUAUAUUUGUUCAGUUACACACAAGUGUGUAAUGGAAAUGUGUUGUUUUGCAUAUCCCAACUCCCCCUGAGACACCCGCAGGGAGUGGGUUCACGGCCAGGGUCGCUAUUGUACAGCGCCCCAGGAGCAAUUAGGGUUAAGUGCCUUGCUCAAUGGCACAGCAACAGAAUAUUAUUUUAAUUUCUUCGUUUUCGGCUCUGGUAUUCAAACCAGCAACCUUUCGGUUACUGGUCCAACGCUCUAACCUUGAGGCUACCAAGUUGAUGAUCCCUGAUCUCAAAUUAUCCUAGAACACCUUUUAGAACAGUAAGGACUACAUAUAAAAGAAACACUGCUUGUGAGAACAACCUAGCCGAGACAGGAAUGAACAAAUAUUGUUUUGUGAAAGCAUGCAGGCAUAUCACAGACCCUUAGGUAAUGUUCCCCCUAAGGUUAGAAGCUAAUGUUAUGGCCUUUUUAAGGACAUUUUCUCCCUAAAUGAAUACACAAUUAAUUGUAAUCCAUCCAUUGUCCCAGCGUUCUUCAAAAAAUAUGCAUUUACUUAAUAAGAGGGAGAAGUUUGGCAUUGUUUCCCAAAGCCUCGGUUGUGUCUAAUUGGUGGAACUCAAUGAAUGGGAAAGUCUUUCUUUGGGUAACAAUGCCACACCAUUUGGGACCUACAGGUCUACACGUUUUGUUUGAAUGAUAAAGACUUGUUGUUUAUAGUGUAUAGCGAACAUCAGUUGUGUGGGCGAGGAAUGCCUUUGACUGGGUGGAGUGGACAUUCCUAAUGUCAAGCCCAUCGCUCACCCAUGACAUCAUCAGCAUCGCCAUUCAGAGACAAAAAACUCCACUCUUUGAGUCACGAGACAAAACUGAAGGAGGGGAGCGGAGGUACCCCAAAUUCUGAUAGAGGUCCACUUGGGGCUCUUGAGGGCUCACUUGACCUGUGACCCUAUAUAGAUGCCUUGCUAAUCUCUUACCAACAGGCCAAGGGUGGGCGUUGAAUACACCCCUCUCACAAUAGGCUCCCAGAAUUGGGCUCUUGACAUCUCAAGUGCCAAGUGCUUCUAUUUGACAUAGGGGUGAAAUAUUUCAUACCACUGAAGCCAAACAAAAGCCGGUCCAACAAUAAAUUCCACUCAAGUGUUAACAAGUGUUAAAGGAAAACUAUGAUGCAAAAUGCAUAAUUCCGGCUGUAUUUCUGUAAGGUUAUACAUCUUGAAAACUUGAUUGCUGACAUACAAAAUAUUUUGUGACUAUGUCAACAAUGGACUAAUGAAGCAAAUACCAAAAUAUCGUUUUUGGGUGGAAUUUUCCUUCAAGUAUUAAAAUGUUAAAGAGAUUCUCUGGUACUUUUGUAUACUUUUUAGCCAGUAGUUCUGAAAGUAGCACUCACAAGCCAAAAGUGGUCCCCGAAAAUUGCGUACUGUCACAUAUGUGCACCACGUCAUUGCUCUCUCGCUCUCUGCUGUGUCCACUGAGCCGUUGGGCCCGCCCUGCAACCUCAUUGGAUAAUGCUGGGCAGACCUCUUGUUAGCUGUCACUCAAAUGCAAGGGGCUGAAGCUCAUUGGCUAGAACUCAAAUUGCUAGUGGGCUGGCCCACGUGGGGGGAAAAUCCCAAUUCCCAUUCACGUCCCAGCUUCAAGAAAAAAGUGGCUUUCAAACUAGGGAUUUCGUGGCUAAUUGAGGUGAAACAGUAAUUCUGCUCAUAGAUUAUGAAUGUAUGAACUACACAUUGACACAUCCAGCCCAAAGCGGGAGGUUUAAAAAAUACUUUCUUAGUCGCCAAAGUACCGGAGCAUGUCUUUAAGUGACAAGUGUUAAGCCAAGGACACAUGAUAUCAGUGAUUCUGCAUGACUAAUUAGUGAUUCUGUCUUGUUACUGUAUAGUUUCCUGCUUUCUUGAAUGCUUUUGUAUCUUUGAGAGGGGGGACGGACGAGUGAACACUUUGGGUGUGAAGGGGGGAGAAUCGAAAAGCAACAGGAGACUCUUGAGAGUAUGAUGUGGCAGCCUUCGCACCCAGUCCUCGGGCUUCCUCUCAGGCCUCAGUACAGUACAGUACAGUACAGAUCACACACACACACACACACACACACACGCGCACACGCACACACACACACACACACACUUAUGAACAUUACUUGGGGGCUAGAAACAAGGACUAUAUCCAACUAGCAUGUACAGUGAAGGAAAAAAGUAUUUGAUCCCCUGCUGAUUUUGUACGUUUGCCCACUGACAAAGACAUGAUCAGUCUAUAAUUUUAAUGGUAGGUUUAUUUGAACAGUGAGAGACAGAACAACAACAAAAAAAUCCUGAAAACGCAUGUCAAAAAUGUUAUAAAUUGAUUUGCAUUUUAAUAAGGGAAAUAAGUAUUUGACCCGUCUGCAAAACAUGACUUAGUACUUGGUGGCAAAACCCUUGUUGGCAGGUCAGACGUUUCUUGUAGUUGGCCACCAGGUUUGCACACAUCUCAGGAGGAAUUUUGUCCCACUCCUCUUUGCAGAUCUUCUCCAAGUCAUUAAGGUUUCGAGGCUGACGUUUGGCAACUCGAACCUUCAGCUCCCUCCACAGAUUUUCUAUGGGAUUAAGGUCUGGAGACUGGCUAGGCCACUCCAGGACCUUCAUGUGCUUCUUCUUGAGACACUCCUUUGUUGUCUUGGCCGUGUGUUUUGGGUCAUUGUCAUACUGGAAUACCCAUCCACGACCCAUUUUCAAUGCCAUGGCUGAGGGAAGGAGGUUCUCACCCAAGAUUGGACGGUACAUGGCCCUGUCCAUCGUCCCUUUGAUGCGGUGAAGUUGUCCUGUCCCCUUAGCAGAAAAACACCCCCAGAGCAUAAUGUUUCCACCUCCAUGUUUGACGGUGGGGAUGGUGUUCUUGGGGUCAUAGGCAGCAUUCCUCCUCCUCCAAACACGGCGAGUUGAGUUGAUGCCAAAGAGCUUGAUUUUGGUCUCAUCUGACCACAACACUUUCACCCAGUUCUUCUCUGAAUCAUUCAGAUGUUCAUUGGCAAACUUCAGACGGGCCUGUAUAUGUGCUUUCUUGAGCAGGGGGACCUUGCGGGCGCUGCAGGAUUUCAGUCCUUCACGGCGUAGUGUGUUACCAAUUGUUUUCUUCUUGACUAUGGUCCCAGUUGCCUUGAGAUCAUUGACAAGAUCCUCCCGUGUAGUUCUGGGCUGAUUCCUAACCGUUCUCAUGAUCAUUGCAACUCCACGAGGUGAGAUCUUGCAUGGAGCCCCAGGCCGAGGGAGAUUGACAGUUAUUUUGUGUUUCUUCCAUUUGCGAAUAAUCGCACCAACUGUUGUCACCUUCUCACCAAGCUGCUUGGCGAUGGUCUUGUAGCCCAUUCCAGCCUUGUGUAGGUCUACAAUCUUGUCCCUGACAUCCUUGGAGAGCUCUUUGGUCUUGGCCAUGGUGGAGAGUUUGUAAUCUUAUUGAUUGAUUGCUUCUGUGGACAGGUGUCUUUUAUACAGGUAACAAGCUGAGAUUAGGAGCACUAAUCUCAGCUCGUUACCUGUAUAAAAGACACCUGGGAGCCAGAAAUCUUUCUGAUUGAGAGGGGGUCAAAUAUUUAUUUCCCUAAUUAAAAUGCAAAUCAAUUUAUAACAUUUUUGACAUGCGUUUUUCUGGAUUUUUUUGUUGUUAUUCUGUCUCUCACUGUUCAAAUAAACCUACCAUUAAAAUUAUAGACUGAUCAUUUCUUUGUCAGUGGGCAAACGUACAAAAUCAGCAGGGGAUCAAAUACUUUUUUCUGUCACUGUAUAAUAUAUGCUGCUUAUGUAAAAGACCUGUUGGCUGUGUGUGCUGUAAUCUCCUGUUUGAUCAACCAGUGGCUCAGCUGUACUACUACCGGGAAUCAGAGAAUGUUAUUGAAGCAGAGCAUAGGCCUACAUUUGAUUUAAAUGUUAUUGAAGCAGAGCACACAUUAUGCAAUGUUAUUGAAAGAAAGCAUACAUGUUAAGAGUAAUUAUGUAAUACAUGGAAUGAGAUACACACUACUGGCCUUGGGAACAUGUCCUAAUAGUUUGGUAAUAAGGAGGUACUGCAAAGGAAAUACUGCCUCCGUUUCUGUUUUCAGGCAAAACAUUUACCGGAAUAAGGAAGUGAAACUACCGCUAGAAAGGGGCGUUAAGUACAAUUUGUAAAAUGUUACCUUCAGUACAUAUCAUUAUUGCGCAUCACCAAUAAUUUCCAUCAUUAACCAUUCUCAUCCUUCGAAAUGAAAAUGGACAAUUCACUCUAUGCUCUUUGUCUGUUAUUCACUCUCUGUUCUUUGGCUUUGCCAAACCUUACAUAUUGAAAAAGUAUAUAAAUGCAACAUGUAAAGUGUUGGUCCCAUGUUUCAAGAGCUGAAAUAAAAGAUCCCAGAAAUGUUCCAUAUGCACAAAAAGCUUAUUUCUCUCAAAUGUUGUGCACAAAUGUGUUUACAUCCCUGUUAGUGAGCAAUUCUCCUUUGCCAAGAUAAUCCGUCCACCUGACAGGUUUGGCAUAUCAAGAAGCUGAUUAAACAGCAUGAUCAUUACAGAGGUGCACCUUGUACUGGGGACAAUAAAAGGCCACACUAAAAUGUGCAGUUUUGUAACACAACACAAUGCCACAAAUGACUCAAGUUUUGAGGGAGUGUGCAAUUGGCAUGCUGACUGCAGGAAUGUCCACCAGAGCUGAUGCCAGAAAAUUGAAUGUUAAUUUCUCUACCAUAAGCCACCUCCAACAUUGUUUUAGAGAAUUUGGCAGUACGUCCAACUGGCCUCACAACCGCAGACCACGUGUAUGCCGUCAUGUGGGCGAGCGGUUUGCUGAUGUCAAUGUUGUGAACAGUGCCCCAUGGUGGCGGUGAGGGUAUGGUAUGGGCAGGCGUAACUACGGACUAUGCAAUAUUAAUACACAAAAAUACCGUGACGAGAUCCUGAGGCCCAUUUUUUUUUAAGGUAUCUGUGACCAACAGAUGAAUAUCUGUAUUCCCAGUCAUGUGAAAUUCAUAGAUUGAAUUUAUUUCAAUUGACUGAUUUCCUCAUGAACUGCAACUCAGUAAAAUCAAUGAAAUUGUUGCACGUUGUGUUUAUAUUUUGUUCAGUAAAUAAACACAAUGACCCUUCUGCUUGGCCCUUGUGACUUGUCUAGGUCACAUUCAUUGAUUCACCAGUACGUCUUCAACAGAAAGCCCUUAUCCAAGACAACAGCACAUGAUGACUAACACUAAUGAACAGAGCCCAUAAUGACAUAGACGGUCGUCUACAAGAAAGGCAUCGUUUGUAUAGAGUAGAAAACAUAGACGUAUAUCUACAAGAAAGGCAUUGUUUGUAUUGAGUAGAAACAGAGAGGUAUCGUUCAAGGGAUAAUGUGAAGAGAUAAUGUAAGCAGUCAGAGAUAUAGUGAGAGAGAGACAGAGACAGAAACAGAGAGACAAGAGACAGACCAGCACAGACAGUAGGGAGAAUGGCUACCCAGCACAGAGAGUGACGUGUCACCGUUGAGACAAUGUAGCUGUUAACUUGUCUAUAGUCUUGAAGUGCAAAUGAGUAUUGUCUGCUUCAUAAUGUGUGUUGUUAUUCUUUCUGAUGGAACUCUGAGGGAGUGUUGUCUAGAUGUGGUUGUGGUUACUGUAGCUGUGAGCUCAUAGCGGACAGAACUAGUGCUCCGUUAAAUUCUUCAAUUGUCACCAUGACAACUUGUUUCAAUGGACAGUGUUAUUUCAAUGGGCGUUGAGUUAAUGUAGUGAUAUUAUAUCCAUACAAUGUAAAUAACAUUAACUAAAAGAGAUAAACAUGUAUUUUCUCCAAAUUUCAUAUAUUAAAAAUAGAUAUGUUUUGGAUAUUGGUGCUCACCUGUUACGCUCGGUUCUGACAAGUUUCUUCCUCUUCCUCCAUAGUGGCAGGGGGAGACGCAGGAGUUCUGUCCUAACGCCAAGGUGGUAUUGGUGGGCUGUAAGCUGGACAUGCGGACGGACCUCAACGUGCUGAGAGAGCUGUCCAAACUCCGACUCAUCCCUGUCACUCAUGAACAGGUCAGGACUGACUGUUUCUCACUACUGAGCCAAUCCAAGCCAAGCUGUACUAUGCUGGUCUGGUAAUGCAUCCAUUGUAGUCCCUGGAACUGUGCUGGAAGGACAAUGUAAAAUGAAAAUAUCAGAGCAAGCAGUACGGUUUAGCCUUGUGUGUUAUGAAAAAUGUAUGGCAAUGCCAGUAGCUGUUUACUUGUACUCUGUGAUGGCAUAACACCUUCAGAACAUUGUCGUAAGCAUGACAUAAUAACACCUGUCAAAACAGGUCAAAUAAAACUUUAGGCUAUUUCUUGGCAGAAAUUUAGCUGUGAACUAGGAAGACGAUGGGGACUAUGGCGUCCCAAAUGCGGUCUCUAUGGGUCCUGUUAAAAAAAUAGUGCACUAUAAAGGGAAUAGGGUGCCAUUUGGGACAUAGACUAUGUGAUAAUGUGACACACUGUUCUGGAACAUGCCUACUUUUUUUUUUUACACUGCUCUAGCUACUUUUGCCGUAGUUACCAUGGUUGGUGUCAGGUAAGUUUAGACUGUCCAGUGUUGCCAUGUGGCAGAUAGAUACACCUGGCAUGAUCAGCCAAACAGGUUAACGCACAAACAGACAUACUUCUACAGUACAAACUUGCUGAUAUUUACCUGUCCACACUGUGUAAACAGCACAACUGCUCUUUCACAGCCCACACACACACGCAUGAGCGCACGCACGCAGCAGCUACGGCAAAGACAUUUGCAUGGUUCAGACUAUCUGUGAUGCCCUAAUGCAGACAUUCCAAUAGCUAAACACCUAAAAGCACCUAGCUGGAACACACGCUGAAUAUUUCACGUGCUCAGGCAGGGAACAGCAUGUUAAGGUACUUCUUCACUCCUGUUAGCCCACUUCUACUAGCUACUGUUCUCAGAGCGUUCAUGUAACGUAGCAUUAACAUUCUGAUAUGUUCCAAUACAGAAACACUCAAACUCUGCAGAGAGGUAACCUAAAACACACUUUUAUGUACUGAGGGCACCUACUGUGCUUUAACAUAACUGUAAGUCCUAAUAUGUACACCGUAUUCCAGUUUGAAAAUGCCAUUUAGUUCAAAUAGUUUCUCAAAUACGAAAGCAUACAGUACAGUGUAAAGAGUGUAAUAGAGUUGGAACCAGGGAGUGAGACAAACACUAAGGGGAACAAUUUAAUUGUUUUGUUUCAAUGUCCUCGGGCAAUAACAGAUAGAGACGGACUGACGGACUCGGGAGGCUGUGAAUUUUAAUGGCCUAUUUUCAUGUUAAUGUUAUUUCCGAGUUGACACUUCUUUAAACACUAAGUCACAUCCCUAUUUUCUCCAGAGAGGAGCUUAGGAGGAAAUGUCCUUGGCAUGCCAGUCAAUUACACAGAGCAGACACACGACGGGAAACAGUAACAACGCAGACGAAAAAACUGUUAUGAAGAUCAUCAAACCGCUUAUGAAACCGUUACUAAGAUCAUGAAAAAAGAAAGAAAAACAAAAAACAAAUGUAUCAUGAAACCAAUUUCAUUGAGCAAACUUGAUUGAGUUACCAAGCAGGAGGGACCGGUUAUCAGGUUACGUUAAUGUCACUUUGCUCGAUUUCCUCCGUCUUAACUGAAGCUCCUCAAAACACUCAGAACUCGCUCACUGUCCUCAAAGAGCCUCAAUCAAAGGGCACCGCUGCCUGUAAUGUAAAUCAAAUGCCAGCAAUUUAAGACUUACAACUUGCUGUCCAAUUCAAUCCCAAAGGAAUCCGCUAGUCACAAGGAUGAACCGCGGAUGAACCCGACGACUUCUGCCAUAAUCUGCUUAGGGUCAAAAUAGAGACUUUCCUUCUGUAUGAAUGGAUUCUCACUACUGAGUCAAAGUAGGACAAAUUGCAGAUAUAUAAUAAUCAUAAUAUUGCUGUGUAUCUAGCUGGGGAUUAUUCCCUCACUGAAUGGAACAUGGCAUGUAUUCUACCAGGUGACAUGAUGACGUGGAGAGGAUCUGUGUCUGCACCACGUACUCUCACUACUGGUGUCCCCCAGGGCUCAGUUCUAGGCCCUCUCCUCUUCUCUCUAUACACCAAGUGACUCAGCUCCGUCAUAUCCUCACACGGUCUCUCAUAUCAUUGUUAUGCGGAUUACACUCAAGUACUUUUUUCCUUCCACCCUUCUGACACCCAUGUGGCGACACGCAUCUCUGCGUCUCAGCUUGGAUGUCGGCCCACCACCUCAAGCUCAACCUCGACAAGACAGAGCUGCUCUUCCUCACGGGGAAGGCCUGACUGCUCCAAGACCUCUCCAUCACAGUUGACAACUCCACGGUGUCCCCCUCCCAGAGUGCAAAGAACCUUGGCGUGACCUUGGACAACACUCUGUAAUCCUCUGCAAACAUAAAAGCAGGGGCUCGCUCCUGCAGGUUCAUCCUUACAACAUCCGUAGAGUACGACCCUACCUCACACAGGAAGUGGCGCAGGUCUUAAUCCAAGCACUUGUCAUUUCCCGUCUGGACUACUGCAACUCGCUGUUGGCUGGUCUCCCCCACUUGUGCCAUCAAACCCCUGCAACUUAUCCAGAACGCUGCAUCCCGCCCUAUGUUCAACCAUCCCAAGUUCUCCCAUGUCACCCCGCUCCUCCGGACAUUCCACUGGCUUCCAGUCGAAGCUCACAUCCACUACAAGACCAUGGUACUUGCCUAUGGAGCAGCAAGAGGAACUGCCCCUCCCUACCUUAAGCCUAUGCUCAAACCCUACACCCCAACCCAAACACUCCGUUCUGCCACCUCUGGUCUCUUGGCUCCCACUCAGCCCAGUCCAAGCGCUUCUCUGUCCUGGCACCCCAAUGGUGGAACCAGCUCCCCCUGAAGCUAGGACAGCAGAGUCCCUGCCCAUCCCCCCCCCCCCCCCCCCCCCCCCCCAGCCUUUCAUGAACUAACAGUCGCAAUUGACGUUUUCCCCCCUCACUAGCUCUGACUUUGCUUAUAGCUCCUUUAUUGAGGAAAAAUGUACUUACUAUGACUCUGAUAUGUGGUUGUCCCACCUUAAGAUGAAUGCAGUCAUUCUGGAUAAGAACGUAUGCUAAAUGACAAAUGUAAAUGUAUUCAUUACUGUAUCAGUGAUUGACAUUGUAACCAAAUGUUUAUUAAUUUCACCCCACCCCCACCCCUCUCCUCAUUCACAUUUUGUAACCUUGUAAGUCUUAUCACAUCAGAAUGUAUAUAGUAUUCCCCUUUCAUAACAUUUAUUUUCAAAUCGAGUGACAACCACAUUGAAACCUGUUUAAAAGCGGGUCAGAUAAAUACAUUAUCAUCAUUACAUUUACAUUUUAGUCAUUUAGCAGACGCUCUUAUCCAGAGCGACUUACAGGAGCAAUUAGGGUUAAGUGCCUUGCUCAAGGGCACAUUAACGUCAUUUAGCAGACGCUCUUAGCCAGAGCGACUCACAAAUUGGUGCGUUCACCCUAUAGCCAGUGGGAUAACCACUUUACAAUUGGGGGGGGGGGGGUAGAAGGAUUCCUUUAUCCUAUCCAGGUAUUCCUUAAAGAGGUGGGGUUUCAAAUGUCUCCGGAAGGUGGUGAGUGACUCCGCUGUCCUGGCGUCGUGAGGGAGCUUGUUCCACCAUUGGGGUGCCAGAGCAGCGAACAGUUUUGACUGGGCUGAGCGGGAACUAUGCUUCCGCAGAGGAAGGGGAGCCAGCAGGCCAGAGGUGGAUGAGCGCAAUACUCUCGUUUGGGUGUAGGGACUGAUCAGAGCCUGAAGGUACAGAGGUGCCGUUCCCCUCACUGCUCCAUAGGCAAGCACCAUGGUCUUGUAGCGGAUGCGAGCUUCAACUGGAAGCCAGUGGAGUGUGCGGAGGAGGGGGGUGACGUGAGAGAACUUGGGAAGGUUGAACACCAGACGGGCUGCGGCAUUCUGGAUGAGUUGUAGGGGUUUAAUGGCACAGGCAGGGAGGCCAGCCAACAGCGAGUUGCAGUAGUCCAGACGGGAGAUGACAAGCGCCUGGACCAGGACCUGUGCCGCUUCCUGUGUAAGGCAGGGUCGUACUCUCCGAAUGUUGUAGAGCAUGAACCUGCAGGAGCGGGUCACCGCCUUGAUGUUGGCGGAGAACGACAGGGUGUUGUCCAGGGUCACGCCUAGGCUCUUCGCACUCUGGGAGGAGGACACAGCGGAGUUGUCAACCGUGAUGGCGAGAUCAUGGAACGGGCAGUCCUUCCCCGGGAGGAAGAGCAGCUCCGUCUUGCCAGGGUUCAGCUUGAGGUGGUGAUCCGUCAUCCCAUACUGAUAUGUCUGCCAGACAUGCAGAGAUGCGAUUCGCCACCUGGUUAUCAGAAGGGGGAAAGGAGAAGAUUAGUUGUGUAUCGUCAGCGUAGCAAUGAUAGGAGAGACCAUGUGAGGAUAUGACAGAGCCAAGUGACUUGGUGUAUAGGGAGAAAAGGAGAGGGCCUAGAACUGAGCCUUGGGGGACACCAGUGGUGAGAGCACGUGGUGCGGAGACAGCUUCUCGCCACGCCACUUGGUAGGAGCGACCGGUCAGGUAGGACGCAAUCCAGGAGUGAGCCGCGCCGGAGAUGCCCAGCUCGGAGAGGGUGGAGAGGAGGAUCUCAAUCAAUUUUAUUUUAUAUAGCCCUUCUUACAUCAGCUAAUAUCUCGAAGUGCUGUACAGAAACCCAGCCUAAAACCCCAAACAGCUAGUAAUGCAGGUGUAGAAGCACGGUGGCUAGGAAAAACUCCCUAGAAAGGCAAAACCUAGGAAGAAACCUAGAGAGGAACCAGGCUAUGAGGGGUGGCCAGUCCUCUUCUGGCUGUGCCGGGUGGAGAUUAUAACAGAACCAUGCCAAGAUGUUCAAAAAUGUUCAUAAGUGACAAGCAUGGUCAAAUAAUAAUCAGGAAUAAAUCUCAGUUGGCUUUUCAUAGCCGAUCAUUAGAGUUUAAAAACAGCAGGUCUGGGACAGGUAGGGGUUCCAUAACCGCAGGCAGAACAGUUUAAACUGGAAUAGCAGCAAGGCCAGGCGGACUGGGGAUAGCAAGGAGUCACCACGGCCGGUAGUCCCGACGUAUGGUCCUAGGGCUCAGGUCUCUCAGUUGGCUUUUCAUAGCCGAUCAUUUAGAGUUGAAAACAGCAGGUCUGGGACAGGUAGGGGUUUCGUAGCCGCAGGCAGAACAGUUGAAACUGGAAUAGCAGCAAGGCCAGGCGGACUGGGGGCAGCAGGGUGUCAUCAUGCCCGGUAGUCCUGACGUAUGGUCCUAGGGCUCAGGUUCUCAGAGAGAAAGAGAGAACGAGAGAAUUAGAGAGAGCAUACUUAAAUUCACACAGGACACUGGAUAAGACAGGAGAAGUACUCCAGGUAUAACCAACUAACCCCAGCCCCCCGACACAUAACUACUGCAGCAUAAAUACUGGAGGCUGAGACAGGAGCGGUCCGGAGACACGUGGCCCCAUCCGAAGAAAACCCCCGGACAGGGCCAAACAGGAAGGAUAUAACCCCACCCACUCCGCCAAAGCACAGCCCCCGCACCACUAGAGGGAUAUCCCCAACCACCAACUUACAAUCCUGAGACAGGCCGAGUAUAGCCCACAGAGGUCUCCACCACACAGCACAAACCAAGGGGGGGGGGGGGCGCCAACCCAGACAGGAAGAUCACGCCAGUAACUCAACCCACUCAAGUGACGCACCCCUCCCAGGGACGGCAUGAAAGAGCACCAGCAGGCCAGUGACUCAGCCCCUGCCAACAGGGUUAGAGGCAGAGAACCCCAGUGGAGAGGGGAAACCGGCCUGGCAGAGACAGCAAGGGCUGUUCGUUGCUCCAGCCUUUCCGUUCACCUCACACUCCUGGGCCAGACUACACUCAAUCAUAUGACCUACUGAAGAGAUAAGUCUUCAGUAAAGACUUAAAGGUUGAGACCGAGUCUGCGUCUCUCACAUGGGUAGGCAGACUGUUCCAUAAAAAUGGAGAUCUAUAGGAGAAAGCCCUGCCUCCCGCUGUUUGCUUAGAAUUCUAGGACCAAUUAGGAGGCCUGCGUCUUGUGACCGUAGCGUACGUAUUGGUAUGUACGGCAGGACCAACUCGGAAAGAUAGGUAGGGCAAGCCCAUGUAACGCUUUAUAGGUUAACAGUAAAACCUUGAAAUCAGCCCUUGCCUUAACAGGAAGCCAGUGUAGGGAAGCUAGCACUGGAGUAAUAUGAUCAAAUUUCUUGGUUCUAGUCAGGAUUCUAGCAGCCGUAUUUAGCACUAACUGAAGUUUAUUGAUUGAUUGAUUGAUUGAUUGGAGAGGAGGAUCUGAUGGUUCACAGUAUCAAAGGCAGCAGACAGGUCUAGAAGGACAAGAGCAGAGGAGAGAGAGUUAGCUUUAGCAGUGCGGAGAGUUUCCGUGACACAGAGAAGAGCAGUCUCAGUUGAAUGACCAGUCCUGAAACCUGAUUGUUUGGAUCAAGAAGGUCAUUCUGAGAGAGAUAGCAAGAGAGUUGGCUAAAGACGGCACGCUCAAUAGUUUUGGAAAGAAAAGAAAGAAGGGAUACUGGUCUGUAGUUGUUGACAUCAGUGGGGUCGAGUGUUGGUUUUUUGAGAAGGGGAGUAACUCUCGCUCUCUUGAAGACGGAAGGGACAUGGCCAGCGGUCAAGGAUGAGUUGAUCAGCGAGGUGAGGUAGGGGGAAAGGUCACCGGAGAUGGUCUGGAGAAGGGAGGAGGGGAUGGGGUCAAGCGGGCAGGUUGUUGGGCGGCCUGCAGUCACAGUCGCAGGAUUUUAUCUGGAGAGAGAGGGGAGAAAGAAGUCAAAGCAUAGGGUAGGGCAGUGUGAGCAGGACCAGCAGUGUCAUUAGACUUAACAAACGAGGAUCGGAUGUCGUCAACCUUCUUUUCAAAGUGGUUGACGAGUCAUCCACAGAGAGAGAGGAGGGGGGGGGGGGGGAUUGAGGAGGAAAAUGUGCAAAGAGCUUUAGUUAGAGGCAGAUCUUGGAUUAGAGGGUGAAGGUGGCCCUAGCAGCAGAAACAGUGAGUAAAUUGGAGAGAGAAGUAUGAAAAGAUGCCAGGUCGGCAGGAUUUUCAUUUUUGUUCAGUUAUUGCUCCGUGCCGGAGCUUUGUUCUGUGAGCUCGCAGGAUCUCAUCAUCACGAGCUGGAGGGGAGACGACCGGCCGUUGAUAGUCGAGAUCACAGGAUCAGGAAUGAGGGUUAGGAGGCAGAAUCAAGAAUUGGAGGAGAAGGAUUGAGCAGGGAAGAGAUGAUGAAAGAGAAGUUGUGGGAGAAAAGCGUGUCGGCUGCGCAUAUACACAUCUUGUGGAGUGAGGGGGGGAGGGGGGGAGAGAAGGAGAGAGAGACCCAGUAAAGUUCUGCUUACCCAGUUAGAGUGCACUAGUAUAAUCUGUGCAGCGCGACCGUAAUAAAGACGACCUGGAACGCAACAAGAGUCUGAAUAGACCAGAGCGACACGUUUAUGUGACUACAUGGGAUUUAUUCAAAUGAGCAGCACACAACAUACAUAGAUUUUUAUCUGCAUCGUUCUAGGCAUUGAAUCCCAUUAAAAAUAUAUAUCAUAAAUAUUUUAUUGUCACAUAUACCGGAUAGUUGCAGUGGAUGUUUUGUUUUACAGGGUCAGCCAUACUAGUACUGCACCCCUGGAGCAAAUUAGGGUUAAGUGCCUUGCUCAAGGGCACAUCGGAAGAUUUUUCACUUUGUCGGCUCAGGUAUUCGUACCAGCGACCUUUCAGUUAUUGGCCAUAAACUCCAACCACUAGGCUACCUGCCACCCUUAAAAUAAGCCAUGAAAUAAGCCCUAUGUGUUUGAAUCCACAUACACUAUUCUACCUCAUAUUAGUUAACUCUCUCUUCCUAUAACCUCCACUCUCUGUGUUCUCACCCUAUUCAAAGGGUGUAAAUUCUAAUUUCUUAACGUGACUCUCCAUCUCUCUCUUUAUCUCCAGGGCACUACCCUGGCGAGGCAGAUCGGCGCCGUGGCCUACACAGAGUGUACGUCCAAGUACUCGGAGAACAGCGUCCGCGAUGUCUUCCACGUCACCACCCUGACCUCGGUGACGCGCCUCCACCGGCCCCAGCUAAAACGCAGCGGCUCACGCCGCGGCCUCAAGCGGGUCUCCCAGCAACCUCCCCGGACGGAGGUUCUGGAGCACCCCCCCGCCAUGAGAAAGAACCGGGCCAAGAGCUGUGUGCUCAUGUAG